GGUUAUUCACCAUGCUUCAAUAUUAUUUUAUGCUUGAAACCAUAUUACUUUGUUUACUAAAUAAUUAUGUCAGGAUUUAGUACAUCAGAAGACGUAAGUCUUCAUAAAAAUGUAGAAGACUGCGAUAGUAUUCAAGAGACAAAAUUAGAAGACGUCGAGGAACUAUAUGAAAUACAAAAAUGUUCAGAUUGGAUUAACACAAAUAAAUUCGUCACAGUUUGCCUACAAUUUCCAGAUAAAUUACUUAUAGACACUAGUCAGAUACUUUUACAGUUGAAACAAAAAGUUACAAGUAAAUUGUACAUUUUGGGUGAUACUUCUUAUGGGAGCUGUUGUGUUGACGAAAUUGCUGCUGAACAUGUAAAAUCAGAUGCAAUAAUACAUUAUGGACAUGCUUGUCUAAGCUCUUCAAAAAGAUUACCUGUACUGUAUAUAUUUGAUAAAAAGUCUUUGAAUGUAGACAAAUUUAUAACUGAAUGGAAAUCAAGUUUUCGGGAUGUUAAAACUAAAGUUGUACUUUUUUAUGAUGUAAAAUAUUACCAUUGUAUAGGUAAAAUAGCAGAAUAUUUAAAAGAUUAUGAGAAUCUUAUGAUUAGUCAAUUAGCACUCAAUGAUUUAUCAGGAAAGCAUGCGCUUGGACGGUGUUUUAAUGAACCCUUGCAAGAUGAUUUUAAAUAUGUUUAUAUAGGAAGCGAUGAUCAAUCCUUUUUCAAUUUAUCAGUUACAUACAAUUUAAAAGAAUGUCUUGUAUAUGAUGAUGAUAAAUUUAAACAUGUAUCUCCAGUUGACUCACGAUGGUUGAAAAGAAGAAUGUACUUGGUUGAAAAAUGUAAAGAUGCUAAAACUGUUGGUAUAUUAAUUUGUACCUUAGCUUUAAAUGGAUACUUAGAAGCUAUAGAGUAUAUUCAGAAAUUAUGCAAAGACUGGAAUAAAAAAUCUUAUAUAAUAUCAGUAGGUAAACCAAAUUCAGCUAAACUAGCUAAUUUUCCAGAAAUUGAUAUAUUUGUUCUCAUUAGUUGCCCAGAGAAUACAAUUUAUAAUGAUAGAGACUUUUAUAAACCUAUAAUUACAGUAUUUGAAUUGGAUUUGGCACUGAAUCCUUCCAGGACAAGAGAUGACGUAUCGUACAUUGUUGAUUUUCCUCAACUGCUACCAAAUGGUACAUUUUUUAAAGCAUAUGAUACUAAACACUUAAAAAUUAAUGACAUUAGUCUUGUCACUGGACAAGUACGAAUACUAUCAACUGAAGACAACAUUUCCUCAUCUUCUACAAAUGCUGUAGGACUAUGUAGCAAUAAGGACUUAGUUUUGAAAGACUCAGCUUUAUCAGAAAGAUCUUGGACUGGUUUGGAACAAAAAUUGGGUGAGACACAGCCUCAAUUGGCCGUUCCUGGUCGUCGUGGGGUUCCUAUGUCUUAUUCUGAAAUGCUUCCAAAUAAAUAACAUUAUUCAUAUAAUAAAGUAUUCAUUAUGGACAGAACUAUGAUUAAUAUUUGCAAUUUUUUUAUUACAUAUGUUCUACACUGAAGUGGACACUUAAUGCUGUACUAUUUUGAAAUAGGUAAAUUUAAUCCUGCCAACUUCAUUAAUACAGGUGAAAUAUUUCACAAAUUUGCACAAAAUUUGUAAUGAUUUCUUUGACAAGCCAGACUUUGAACUAAAACUAUACAUCAACAUUUUGUACUCAAAGAGAAAUGAAUUUUAUAUAUGGAAUGAUAUAGAAAAUUUCAAGAAAAGUAUGUUUUUUUCUCAAAAUUUAAUGCCUGACAAGUUAAU